AGACGUCACCGGCGCAGGGCUAUAGAUGGAGCUCGGGAGCCCCGGGCCGCGCAGUGCGAGCCCGGCGGAGCUGCGCGAUGGUGGCGCUGGGGGUGCCGGGGGGGGGAUGCUCGGGCUCCAUGGCUGAGGACGCGCUGGGGACCCGGGCGCCCCUGCCUGUACCCGGAGAGCUGCUGUAACCCCGCUGCGGACACCCAGGCCUUGCCCUCCGCGCUGCCCAGCCAAGGGGAGGCCCCUGUCCGCAUCCCCCGCCCCGCUCCAUCGCCCUCCAGUGCGGAGCACCGAGGAAUGAUGAAGAAAACCAACCCUGCCAAAAGGGGGCAGCAGGAUGGGACCCAGCCGCCCGCGCCGCCGGAGAAGGUCGGGUGGGUGCGGAAAUACUGCGGGAAAGGCAUCUUCCGGGAGCUGUGGAAGCCCCGGUACGCGGUGCUGAAGGGGGACCAGCUCCACAUCUCGGACAAGGAGGUGAAGGACGAAAAGACCAUGCAGGAAGUGUUCGACCUGAGCGAUUAUGAGAAGUGUGAAGAGCUCAGGAAGUCCAAAAGCAGAAGCAAGAAGAACCACAGCAAGUUCACCCUCGCCCACUGCAGGCAGCCCGGCAACACGGCCCCAAAUCUGAUCUUCCUGGCUGUGAGUCCCGAAGAGAAGGAAUCCUGGAUCAACGCCCUCAACUCUGCCAUCACCCGGGCGAAAAACCGCAUCCUGGACGAGGUCACUGUGGAAGAGGACAGUUUCCUCGCCCACCCAACGCGGGACAGAGCCAAAAUCCAGCAUUCCCGACGCCCUCCGACGCGGGGACACCUCAUGGCUGUGGCAUCUACCUCAACCUCCGAUGGGAUGCUGACCCUCGACCUGAUCCAGGAGGAGGACGCCUCUCCCGAGGACCACAGCUCCUGCGAAGGGAGCUUCCGCGUGGACCUGGACAAGUCGAUGGCGCAUCUCACUGCGGGCCGGCGCCGCUCCGGCUCCCAGGACACCACGGCGUGGGAGAAGGGCCGGACAGGGAGCCUGCCGCGGCGCGACGGGAGCGCGUGGGCCCGAGCGGGGCAGCGCGGCGAGGCCAUCGACAAGGGCCCCGUGUACACCCCGCAGGUCCCCAAGAAGCUGUCGCUUUCCGAGAAGAACAAAUGUGCCUCCAUGGAAGAGAUCCUGUCCCGGAGGGACUCUGCCUCCCAGCGGGCGCCGAGGAAGGGGCUGGAGGCUCCCUUUGGCCCCGCAGAGCCCGAGCAGUUGUCCCGGCUGCAGGAAUUGGUUGCACUGAAACUGGAAAAAACUCAGGAACUGCUGACGGAGGUGAAGGGCUACGGGGAAGGCAAGAGAAAGCCCAAGGAUUCCGGCACCAGCACCACCACCACCACCACGUCCUCCUCUUCCUCCUCAUCCUCCUCCAAGUCGGACUCUGACAGGAUCCUGCAGGAAUCGGAGAGGUUGCUGGGGGAGGCUUCGUCCACGUGGAGCCAGGCCAAGAGGGUGCUGCAGGAGAUCAGGGAGCUGAGGGACCUGUACAAAGAGCUGGAGCUGCAGCAGUCGGACUCGCGGGGCAGACAGAGCUCACAGUACAGGAAGAGCAUGAUGUGAAGGCUCACGGUGCUGGUGUGGAAGCAUUGCUGAGGGGGUCCAUUACCGCUGCUCCUCCCACUUUCCCCUUGGGAUCACUUCUGGAAUCAUUACUGGUGCUUCCUGCAGAUCUCCCACGUUACAAAGCUCAGAUCUGGCCCUUGCCACAACCCAUCACUUGUGUCCCUGCUCGGAAGCGGCAGCACUCUCGUCGCAGCGCUGCGUGUUGCAGGUUGGACCUGUCCCUUAGCCAGCAGUUUGCUUCCUUCCCUUUUGUUUUCCUUCCUUUGGCUAACACUUGAAGGAUCCAUUUGGAUGCAUCAGAGGAAAACCCAUAACCCUUAAAAGGGAGUAAAAAAAGAGCCUCUCUGAUAAAGCCCUUCAGCUCUUUGAUGGGGAGAGCAAGAGAAACAUGCAGAUGGUUUCCAGAUGUGGCACAUCCAAGCCUGGAGGCUUGGAGAGCACUGGGUUGGGAGGGGUGUGGGUUAUGGCUGCUUCAUGGACUGGAGUCAGCAGGAAGCAGGGAAAUCCUCCUGUUC